AUGGCGGAGAAAAAGGAACUGACGCUCCAAGGAGUACUUAUGUCGAUUGCCGAGAUUGAGUCCGAAUUGCCUCCUCUCCAGGGCAAGGAUGCCAGCGUUAUUGAGUAUCUCAAGGUCCCAGGGCAGUAUCAGUAUCAGCUAGAUGAGUUUUACAAUGGGGACGAUAUGCGAUUCAAGCGGCAUAGAUGGGAUGCAGAGCGAGCGAGGGACGAGGAGUUCAAGGUCGUCGCCAAUCACUUGCUGCAUCUGGUUGGAGGGCCAUUGUAUUUGCAGUCGGCUGAUGACGAGGAUCAUUACCCAUGGAUGGAGGAUGGUGAGAGCAAGCAACAGGAUCGAUACAGGCAGCAGCAGCUUACUCUCCAAGGACUCCAAGACCAAGACGGAGAAGCUGGCAAUGGAUCUCAUGACCGCAGUCGAUCCAGCCCAAAGAGUUAG